CGAAAUGCGACGGCUGCAUCCUGCCGUGCUGCUACUGCUGCUCGCCACCGUCGCCGCCAUCGACGUCCCGUGCAAUGGCACCGGCGCAUGCCCACCGGGCUCGAGCUGCGUCGCCGGUGAGUCGAACGUUGCUGUGCAGUCGUGCGUCGUUGACUCGGUCUGUGGCGGCAAUUUGGCGGGCAACUGCCCUCGCCUACCACACGCCGGCCCGCUCGUGUGCGCCUGGAGCCGCCAGCCACCAGAGGCAUGCGCCUUUGGCAACUGCCAGACGUACGGCGAACACGCGGGUAUCUUCAAGUGCAUGGACAUGACGCGCUGCGACGACCUCGUCGGCUCGGGCGCCUGCUCGACGGGCUGCGCCGUGCAAGGCAAGCCGUGUAAUGGCCGGGGCACGUGUCAUUCGACGGGCGCAACCAACUUUGCCUGCACGUGCGACCACGGAUGGAGCGGCGCGCGCUGCGAGCUCGCGGUGUCGGACGCAUGUCUUCUCGGGCAGUGCGGGGACCACGGGAGGUGCACCGACGGCCACUGCGUCUGCAUCGAUGGGUACGCUGGCGUGCAAUGCAAACAAGCGCCUGCCACUAGCGCGACACCAACGACGGACCGUCCGACGCCAUCGACGACGGCAACGUCCACACCGACAACAUCAUCGACGAGCACGGCGCCGGUACCGUCGACGUCGGGCGUUGAUCAUCCCACGUCAUCAACAUCGCCACCAACGUCGAAUACACCGACGCAAUCUACCGACCCAAACGACAUGCAAACGACGGCGCCGACGAAGGACGGGUCGACGAUCAAAUGGAACGCCGGCGACCACAACCGCGUCGAUAAGACGCAGCCGAUGCCCGUGGCCGUCAUGAUCGUCGCCAUCGUGGCAGCCCUCAUAGUCAUUGGGAUGAUCAUCUUUGGCGUGUACGCUCGUAAGAAGAAACUGCGCGCCGCAAACGCCGAGAUCGAGCGCUCGACACUGCAGACGCAAGACUCGGUCAUGACCGAAGGCGGCACCACGCCCCGAGACCAGAUCCAAGUGCUCUAGUUUAAUUAUCGUAACCUCAGUUUGUCUUGUAAUAUCACUUCCGC